AUGGAGGCAUCGAAUUUGCAGAUUUAUUGGCACGAAUCGCAGCCCAUUUACAGUCUUUGCUUCCAACCAAGUCAAGAUGCGAAACCCAAGCUGGUAACUGCGGGAGGUGACAACAGGAUACGAGUGUGGCAUUUGAACUUUGACGAAGUAUCUAAGAAUAAAAUCGAUACAAUUGAUUAUCUAUCCUCUUUGAAUCAACAUGAGCAAGCAGUCAACGUCGUGAGGUUCAACCAUAGUGGAGAUAUUUUAGCUUCUGCGGGCGACGAUGGCCAGCUUCUUCUUUGGAAACUAAAUGAAACCAAAAUCAAGGAGUUUGGUGUAGACGAAGCGGAAUUCGAGGAGUUCAACGAAACCUGGAGUGUUUGGAAAAGAUUACGUUCGGGCGGCGGUGGUGGAGCAUAUGAAAUUUACGAUAUUGCUUGGUCACCGCAGGAUGAGUAUAUUGUUACGGGUUCAAUGGACAACUCCAUCAGAAUCUUCCACGUUACUAGCGGGGAAUGCAUUUCCCACCUUACGGAUCACAAUCACUACGUACAGGGGGUAUUUUGGGAUCCGCUUGACCAAUAUAUCAUCUCUCAGUCGGCAGAUAGAGCCGUUCAUGUCUACGAAAUAAUACGAAGUCAAGGUCAAGAUGAUAAGUUACAGAUUAAGUUGAAAAAUAAGAUCAUGAAAUGCGAGCUUCCGCAGUGGCAAAAGGAUACCGAUCGUCUGGAUUUAACCAAGACGAAGCUGUCAUUCUUGUUCCAUAAUGAGACUCUUCCAUCAUUUUUUAGAAGACCGGCUAUUUCCAGCUGCGGUUCUCUCUUUUGCAUCCCUGCUGGCAUUAUGAAGAGCGAUGCAGGUCCAGAAACUGCAGGCUCAUCAGAUUCAAACAGCGCAGUAUAUCUGUACACUAGGGCGUCAAUUAAAAGCGGAAGCAACAAGCCGUCUAUGUGUUUGCCCUUCCUGAAGAAACCUGCUAUUGCCGUUUCAUUCCAUCCGUGCCUUUACGAGCUUUCCCCGAAUAAUACCAGUUAUUUGAAGCUUCCUUACAAGCUUGUGUUUGCCGUGGCAACCUCCAAUGAAGUGCUAAUUUACGAUACGGAAAAUGUCAAACCGUUGGCGAUCGUUGGAAAUCUGCAUUAUACUCCGCUAACAGAUCUUGCGUGGUCACCAGAUGGUAAUCUGCUGAUGAUCUCCUCAACGGACGGCUUCUGCUCCUACAUAUCCUUCCACGCUGAUACUUUCGGCAGAAGAAUCAGUGCAGAGAACAGCGCUAGGCUUCUCGCUACUUUUCAAUCUUCUGAAACGUUGGAGAAACCCAAAGGACCUUUGACGGCGGCUACAAAGGUCAGCUCUGGCGAUAUCGUCAACAUACUGCCAAUAAAAAGGAAGGAUUCAACACGGGAUAAUAAGCUCACGAACGAAUCGGACGACACCAACACGCAAGAUGACAAGGGAAAACGCAGAGUUCAACCGACCCUUGUAACAUGA